AUGGCCUUGGUCAAUAUGGAGAAGCGGCCAAUACAGGAGCGAGCCUAUCAAUUAGAAAUGUUUCGAAGUAGUCUUCAGCAAAACAUCAUUGUCGCAAUGGGCACCGGGACAGGAAAAACGCUCGUGUUUGUAUUUCCAUACGGGUUGACCUUCUUUGACGGCACUGAUACAUGUCCUAGAGCGGUUCUUCGGAUCCAAGAGGCACUGAAUAUGAAUCCAGAUAAGCUUGUGUGGUUCCUCUGUCCUACUAUCGCGCUGUGUGAACAACAAGUCGAGGUUCUCCGGUCCCAUCUGCCUUUCAGCCGCCCUCGAUCAUUCACCGGUAGGGAUCAAGUGGACCAUUGGGGAGAAAAGUCCGUCUGGGAUGCCGCUCUGAAUGGCGUUCGAGUCGGAGUCUCGACCCAUCAGGUCCUGUUGGACGCCUUGACUCACGGGUUCCUAAUAAUGAAUCGGCUUUCAUUGCUGGUAUUUGACGAAGCUCACCAUUGUACAAAUAACAGUCCGGCAAACAGAAUCAUGAAAAUUUUCUAUCACCCCUACAAAAAAGCGAUGCCAGCCUGCUUGCCUCGGAUACUGGGUCUGUCUGCCUCUCCAGUCCAUACAGAUAUACUUAGCAUCCAGAAGCUGGAGAGCGAUCUCGAUAGCAGAUGCAUGGCGCCACACCGACAUUACAAGGAGCUUUUAGAUUUCACGAAUCGCCCUAAAGUGAGCAUCUAUCGUUUCUUGGAAAAUGAUAGACUCAACCGGACAGCCGAGCCCCAUAUAUUAAGUCAGCUGCGUGAACUUACUAAUCACGCAGGUAAGUAUCAUCAUCCGUCGAUGACUUCGCAGCUUCGCCGGUUUGUCCAAACAUCGGAGGCUUUAAAUAACGAGUUGGGCAGCUGGGCAGCGGCCGAGUACAUCUUCAAUUCCAUCAAGAAAUUCAAAGAGCACAAACGCUCUCAUGCUGAGAUAGACUGGUCCCUUAGUACAGUUCAAGACUUCACCAUGCAGACACUUUGCGAACUUGGCCCGCUGGAGCAGCCCCAACCACCUACCGCUUCCCAUGGUUUCUCUCCCAAAUGCCGGGGACUGCUCGAGAUCCUGUCGCGGGCAGUGGAUCGUGAUAUCCAAGGGCUAAUCUUUGUGUCUCGGCGGGCCACAGCAAUAGCUCUCAUUUCAUUGAUCGAGCACCAUACUACCAUCAGAGAUCACUUCCGCUGUGGGACUUUUGUCGGCAUGUCUAAUAUGAGGGGCAUGACAGGCCUUGGAGAGUGGCGCGAUGAUACCCGCUGUCAGGAUGAGACGCUGAAAAUGUUCCGUAUGGGAGCGCUGAACCUGAUAAUAACUACUAGUGCCUUAGAAGAAGGAAUUGAUAUCCCGGCAUGUGAUACUGUCAUAAGCUUCAAUCGACCUCUUAGUCUGAGGUCCUUUGUCCAGAGACGUGGACGAGCUCGCAAACCUCAAUCUACCUUCAUUGUCUUUGCAGAUGACGAGCAGGAAGAGGAGCAGUUGGGGGUCAUGAUAGAUAGAGAAGACGAGCUGGCACGGGUGUGCCAAGAUGUGACACGAGCUUUACCCAAGUCACCGCCCGAGGAACGCUGUAAUUUGUCAAUGAAAGUGAAGAGCACAGGCGCUGAGCUGAGUAUGUCGGAUGCUGUAAUUCAUCUAGACAUCUUUUGUGCAAAGCUGUUACGACAACCAUAUGUCACCAACCAACCUCUUUACAACUAUCGAGAGAGUCCCGAUGGCCAGGUUCAAGCCACAGUCCUCCUACCCAGUGCCCUCUAUCCCUCCCUCCAAGAAACAGACGGCUUACACUGGUGGGCCAGUAAGAAACAUGCCAAGGCCGACGCUGCACUGCAAGCGUACAAGGCCCUUCGGGGAGCAGGUCUUGUAAAUGACCAUCUACUACCCACCAAGCCCGCCGACCUCAUCGACCCAGCAUUCUCAACUUGCAAACGAGUUCAUCUUCUACCGGAGCAAAUCCACCCUUGGUCAGAGGCGGCUGCUCAAUGGAAUUCUGGCGGGAGAAACCUCUACGCUCAUCGUCUACAAAUUGAACGCCCGGGAAUCAACACCCUCGAGCUGAUGAUGAUAAUUCCUCUACAGAUUCAGAGACGGAUUUCCUUUCCCUUAUUCUCAGAUGGCGAGACCAUAGUGAUGGUACACCUGUGGCCGGGCUCACUUGUUGCCGCUGACGAUGAAACUAUUAUACUCUACCAUCGAGUCACCCGUCUGAUUCUCCAGUCCAUACAUGGACAUCUGCUACAACCCCAGCAUCAGAUGGAUUUUAUUAUGAGCUUUGUUCCCGAUGCCACACCAGCUGCGAUGCAACAGUUCUUGGAGACAUACUCUGGCAGCAUCCGCUUAGAUGAGGCUUUGGAGAAUGCAAAUCGCACCGGGCUACCGGGACUUAUCCGUAGUACCACGCGGUAUUUCCAUCCAUAUAUCAUGAACUCCUGGCCCUUGGAGUCCCACGACAGUCUUGAUUACCUUCAGACAUACAUACAUGCCCUACCUCGGAGGCGAAAUUUUCUGUCUCGUUUCCCGCUCGAAGGUUCAAGGCCCCUUCGCCCGGUGACGGACCAUGAGGCCCGAAACACGCUCCCAGAACUUCAGGGGCUAACAAUGGACCGACUACCCCUCUCAUGGGCAAAUCUUUCUCUCUACAUUCCCAGCAUCACCUAUGAGCUCGGUGUAUAUUUGGUGACCGAACAACUGCGGGAGCAAGUCUUAUCAGACAUGACCUUUCGCCGGAUAGGUCUCCUUUCCCGGGCAAUCCGGCCCACCUGCUCUGAGAGACCGGGUCAGUUCCGGCGGUUGGCCUUUGUAGGUGCUACUUUUCUCAAAUAUAUUACCAGCGAGCAGAUCUUCCUGCAUCACCCCACUUGGCACCAAGGGCUACUAUCUAAGCUCAAGGAUACUGUUAUAUCGGACCGGGGACUGGCUCAAGCAGCCAAGAUGUGUGGACUUGGGAAAUUCCUCAUCACAAAACAGUUUAACGGCAAGAAAUGGAAGCCUGAGUUGAUUUCCAGCCUUUUGUCGCUGCCACGCUCUGGAGAAUCGCGGAAGGUCAGCGCCAGGACGCUAGCCGAGAUGGUCAGAGCGAUCGUUGGCGCGGCAUAUAUGGAUGGCGGCAACAAACAAGCAGCAGGCUGUGCCAUUGCUAUUGUACCAGCAAUCAAAACCUGGCAUGCUGCAGUACUGAGUGAUGGAAGCUAUAAGCAGACUAGGCCAAGUCCCGUGAUCUCGUACUCUUCGCCCAUGCACGAGAUGGAACAACUGAUUGGGUACACUUUUACAGACCGCAGCUUGCUGGUGGAGGCCGUAACACAUCCUUCUCACUACGCGUCUGGGCUACCUCGAACCAGUGCCUAUGGACGAUUGUCCUUCUUGGGCAAUGCGGUGCUCGAGCAAGUGGUGACUGAGACUCUGAUUCAUUCUUCGAACCGGAAUCUGAGAGUGGAACGUUUGCAAAGCCUGCGAGCUGCCGUCACUAAUCACCUCUUCUUGACAUUCCUAUGCCUGGAGUUCAAUAUGGAAGUUGACCACCGCGCCAGAGACGUCACUCGGCCGAAUCACAGCCGGACGGUGGAGACCCCGGAUGAGUUCUAUCUUUGGACAUAUCUGCGGUCACACAGCCUCGAACUUACCACUGCCCUCGGUAAAUUUCGAUCAGCAUCCCGGCGCGACUGCUGGAAGAUUCAACGAGCCUUCCUAAAGAAAUCCCAAUAUCCUUGGGCUGAGCUGUCCGCGAUGGAAGGCCAUGCUGUCCUGGGAGAUAUUGUUCAAAGUGUGUUGGGGGCGGUAUUCGUGGAUUCUGGAGCGAGCUUGCCGGACUGCCAGCGUCUGACUGACAGAAUGGGGAUUCUCCCCCGUGUGAAGCAAUUUCUUCACGAUGAUAUCGUAACGGAUCAUCCCAGGAUCCUCGUACAGAAGCUAUAUCCGGGGACAAAGAUCUCUUAUCAAGGCUAUACCAUGCCCGCCUCAGACAACCCUUUCUGCUGUGCGAUCUGGGUGGACGACAAGAAAAGUGUUGAUCUCCAGGGAUUCACCAACACAGGUGCUGCCAUGAUUUCUGCCUUUCUAGCUGUGAAUCGGCUUUUACAAGAGAGACCCUAG